GGCCCGCCCGCGCGCGGCUCACAGCGAGGCGGGCCGCUGAGGCCUCGCGACGCCGGCCCCGCCCCCUGAGCUCGGAACGAGGCGGAGCUGGGAUGCUGGGGCGGGCGGGCGCAGCAUGCCCGCUGCCCCCCGCCGGGACCCAGCCCUGCCGCCCGGUGCCCACCAUGGAGUUGGUGCAAGCGCCCACAGACCUGGCCCAGCUGCAGGCGGAGGUGGGGCGCCUGGCGGCCGAGCUGCAGGAGGCGACGCAGGAGAAGGUCCAGGCCGCCCAGUACGGGCUGGCGGUGCUGGAGGAGAACGGGGAGCUCAAGCAGCGCUGCGGGGAGCUGGAGGGGCAGCUGGAGGGGCUGAGCUCGGAGCUGUCCCAAAUGAAGGAGGCCCUGGCUGAGUGUCACAGCAGCCACAGACGGGCGGCCGUGGCCGGGGAGACCCGGGAGGAGAGCCUGGUGCGCGAGGCUGCGGCCAGCGAGGCCCAGCUCGCAGCCCGCCUAGGGGAGCAGCAGGGGGAGCUGAGGCACCUGCAAUGCCGGCUGAGCAACGCGGGUGCUGAGAGCGAGCGGCUGCGCGCCGCCCUGCAGGGCCUGCGCCAGGAGUGCCAGGCCUUGGAGGCAGAGAAGGCCCAGCUGCGGGAGGAGCUGAAGCAGUACAAGUGCCGGGAGCUGCGGCAGCUGCAGGACUGCGCUGAGCUGGAGGAGGAGAACAUCUCCCUGCAGAAGCAGGUGUCCGUGCUCAAGGGCAACCAGGUGGAGUUUGAGGCCCUGAAGCACGAGCUGCGGUGCCGGGAUGAGGAGGCAGCGCUGGCCGGCGCCCAGCUGGAGGAGCUGAGGCGGCUGCGGGAGCUGGCGGAGCGGCAGCUGGAGGAGGCGCUGGAGACGCUGGCGGUGGAGCGGGAGCAGCGGCGGGAGCUGCGGCGGGAGCUGGCGGCCUGCACCGGGGGCCGCCCUGGCUCGCUGGGCAGCCUGCAGGCCGGCCUGGAGGAGCUAAGCCAGGACGAGGAGCUGGACAGCGGCUUCGCCAAUGGCAGCGCCAGCGUGGGGGACUUCGGGGAGCGGGCGUCCACUCCCCGCGCCCGCCCUGCGCCCAGCCUCGUCGCCGACCUCUUCAGUGAACUCAGCCUGGCCGAGGUGCACAAGCUGCGGCAGCAGCUGCUCCAGGUGGACCGGGAGAAAGCCUCCCUGGCAGCUGAUGUGCAGGAGGCCCGGGGGCAGCUGGACAGCGCCAGGGUGGCCUUGACGGAUCAGCAGCAGCGCAAUGGCCUCCUCCUGGAGCAGCUCAAGGCCAGGCCAGCAUCCCCGGAGCCCCAGCCCUGGCAGGACCUGGUGGCGCAGCUGGAGGGGCAGCUGCGGGCCUCCCGGAAGCUGGCAGGGGAGCUGCAGGCCCGGCUGGCCCAGGCCCAGGAGGAGCUGCUGGGGCUGACGGAGGAACUGGCCACCCUCUACCACCAGGUCUGCGCCUGGCGUGGCCUGACGCCGCAGCGGGUGGUGCUGGAUUAUUACCGGGACGGGCGCGGCACCAGGAGGCUGCUGGGCAAGAGGGAGCUGGCGGGCAAGACCCAUCUCCAGCCGGAGCCAGGGGCGGGGCCCUGUGAGGACCAGUCACCCGCUGGGGAGCCCCUCAAUGUCUCCAACCUGGCGGUGGUGCUGCGGGAGCAGCUGGGGCACCUGCAGGGGGCGCUGGUCCUGUGGCGGCAGCAGCCCCCCGGGCAGGGCCCGCCAGCCGCCGAGCUGGAGCCGGACAAGGAGGUGCUGGCGGAAGAGGUGAUGAAGCUUCGCUCCCUGCUCAGCACCAAGCGGGAGCAGAUCGCCACGCUGCGCACCGUGCUCAAGGCCAACAAGCAGACGGCGGAGGUGACGCUCUCCAACCUGAAGGGGCAGUACGAGGGGGAGAAGGCCCUGGUGUCGGACACCAUGCUCAAGCUGCGCCGCGAGCUGAAGGCCUUGAAGGAGGACGCCACCACCUUCUCCUCCCUGCGCGCCAUGUUUGCCAGCCGGUGUGACCAGUACGUCUCCCAGCUGGACGAGAUGCAGCGGCAGCUGGCCGUGGCGGAGGAUGAGAAGAAGACGCUCAGCUCCUUGCUGCGCAUGGCCAUCCAGCAGAAGCUGGCACUCACCCAGCGCCUGGAGAGCCUGGAGAGCCCGGCCCACGGCACCCGGGCCAGACCCCGCAGCACCAGGAGCACCGCGCACUGAGACCUCAGCGGCCUCGCAGAGAAACUGCAGGAUCGGUGCCAACCAGAGCCAGCGCCAGGACCGGCACCGCCCUUCACCGCCCGUGCCUUCAAUGCUGCAAACUGCCGACAGACCCCUGACCUCUGCCGCAGCUGCCCCGCCAGCGGGUGGCUGCCGGGCCUUAACCGCUCAGGGCUAGGUAGGGUGUAGCCAGCCGGCCCGCUGCGGGCUGGGGGCGGAGCACUGGCCGGUGUCUCUGCCUUGCUGAGGGAGACCUCCUCCUCCUCCUGCCCUCAUGGGGGUGGCUCAGGGUCCCACACUUACAGGGCAGGGGCCAGGCCUGGUGCUCAGAGACCCCCCCCCCCCACACACACACACACUUACAGGGCAGGGGCGUCUCGGUGUGGGGCCAGGCCUGGCGCUCAGAACCCUCCCCCCACUGACAGGGCAGGGGCGUCUCGGUGCGGGGCCGGGCCUGGCGCUCAGAGGCCCUCAACACCUGCACUUUUGAGGCACUAUCCCCUUUUCUCACUGCACCGUUUUGCACUUCGAGCUGGUGAUCUCAGGGGAGUGGCUGGGGGGGUACCCGGGGUAGUACCCGGGGUGUGGGGACGUGCGCUGUAUGGACUGCUCUGUGUAUCCCCCGGGGCCAGACACGUGACCGGGGCCUGGUUACUUUGCAUCUAAUUAAACAGCUUUUGUCUCCUCUCGGGCCUGGAACUCUGGUCGGGGGGUGGGCGAAGGCGCUGCGUGGCCCGUGCCACGCACCCCACGGCUGUAGGAUGGGGGGCGGAUCAGAGUAGAUGGGCUGUGGGGGCACAUCAUGCUGGCUUUAGCAGGGGCUGUGGGGGUCUUUGCUUCGGCCUCCCACCUGAAGUGCCAGGUGCUGCACUGAUCCCCACUGUACUGACCGCCCCAUAUGCCUCCAGCCUCCUAUGCCACAGCUGGGUCAGGGCCCACAUUGCGUGGAGUGCUACAUUCCCACCCCCGGUGAUUGGAGUCCUCCUGUUGUAUGGGGUCCCCCAUAGACCCUUGGGCCUGAGAUCAGGGCCCCCCAUUGUGCUGGGUGCUGCAUGGCUCCCCUGCCUGAGCUGGGGGUCCCAG